AUGAUGUGGCCGUCUUCGCAAGCGAGCAAGGUCCUGACCCUCCUGCUGCUGCUCACGAUAGUCUACUGCGUCUGCAUGGACACGCUCCUGUUCCUCAGGAUACGGCACUACCGCCUGGACACAUUCGACGCGUCAGACAACCACACGCAGACCACCACGCUGAGGUACGCGUUGCCCGACUACGAGGGAGUCGCAUGGAUACCGUGCAGCGUCAACCCGCUGUGCCAUCCGACGGUCAAAGCGCUGAUGGUGGACCACGUGAACCAUUACAUAUACGGGCCGCUGUGUGCCGUUGUGGACAUCGUUGCGGGCAUCUCGGAGAGCGUCCCGCUUAUAACGCCGAAUAUCAUCUCCUUCUCCCACGUGCUGGUCGCGUGCGUCGGCGCGAAACUGCUCACCUGCAAGAGUCUGGCGGCGCGUCGCUUCGGCGUGGUGCUGUUCCAGCUGAGGAUGUUCCUCGACGACCUUGACGGGCACGUGGCUAGAGCGAGAAAGCACAUAAAGGGCGAGAGGUCCGAGGUCGGCACGCUGGGCUACUGGGUGGACGGCGCGUGCGACCUCCUCGGCGUGGUCGCGAUGAUGACGGGCAUACUGCUCUACCUCGGGGGGAACCCCCCGCGGCGCGGCUACCGGGGCACCCCCGUCAGCACGCUGCCCUACCACCAGCUGAAGGAGAUAAACACGUGCGAGGAUAUAGAGAAGGAGACGCACGGCGCGGAGGUCGGGAUAUCGUACAAGACGAAGGUCACCUUCCAGAGGAUCGUGCAAGUGCUCGGCCUGUUCUCCGGCCAGAUGGUGCUGUCCUCGAUAGCCUGGAACCGCUACAUCGACGUGUACCAGGAGCUGCUCGAGAACUGCACGGAGUACCCGACCCUGAGACGCGAGACGAUGUUCAGGUCGGGCGUUUUCUUCCUCGCCACCGCCCUCUGGAGGGUGGUGAACCCCCACAGCUACCUCCACCUGCUCUCGCUGUCGGUCUUCUGCGACAAGACGUGGGGCUUCCUCAAAGCGGUCCACUACAGCGGCUACGUCGGUCUGAUCGUUGCCGUCAUCGUGUCGGAGUAUUUUGUGGGCAGUGUAAGGUCGUUUGUGAUGAGC